AUCAAUAGCUGCAUGGUUCGCUGGAUCAACUCUCGGUUGUUGCAUAUACGUAUUUAGGUACCUGUACUUUUUUAAGAUAUAAGAUAAAUCAUCAACCAAAAUAGCGAUUAGGAAAUUAUCUGCAGAAAGACAGAGAUAGCUUGCGAAAAGAGCAAAAUGGCGGCGCCUACGACAGGACAGUGACGAUCUGACGAUAGACGACGUUGGUGUGCGUUUCUUUGAACAGCAGCACUCAUCAGCGGAUGAUCAGCACUAUCAGCGGCAGCAGAUAGUGGAGUUACACGGGUUGUACCCAUCACGUGCAUGUAUACAGUGCCUACGUAAUUUAUCAGCAGAUUGCACCUGCAGGAGGGGCGUCCCGACUUCAUUGUCAUUUUCUGUCCUGUCUCCUCUUCUGCUACGUUUACCCGGCGUGGAAAUACUUGUGUCUAUAUAGUGUGUAAUCCGCCCACGCGUCAUCCAGCGGGAGAUCUUAAGUUCGCGCCUUCACGUGGAGGAGGAAAGAUGAAGCACCGGCUGAUUGCAUUAGUCUGUUAUAUCUAAGUACUUAUUUACUCCUAGUGAAACAGGAAGCUUUGUACAUCGUAACCAUCGUCGUUGAAGGCGCGCGCGCGCGCGCGCAUGUGUUCUGUGCCUGUGUUCUGGAGCACCGUCCUCGUCAUCCUGUAGUUGUGUCAUCUAUCCACACUACACACUGCCGUGAUUUAAACACAAUAUAUACUUGUUAUACACAUAGUUCCGGGCGUUCGGGGUCGGGAGUCGUCUGUUGUGGUGUUGUUUGUGGGUGCGGACGUGCGUGCAUGUGAGUCAUCGUCGUCGGUUCGUCGUCGUCGUCCUCGUCGGCGAGUAGGACUAAUCUAAAGUGCAGCUGGGCCCCGCCCGCCGGCAAGCUUGGGCCCCUUUAAUGCAUCGGGCCCUGCAGCCGAGCGCUCGACGAUAUGGCACUCAGCCCAAGGGACAUGGACGGUUUCAUGCCGCUCCUCUCGACCACCGACAUAAAGAAGAAGCUCCAGGUUGGCGCCCAGUUGCUCAACUUUCUCGCCGAUCCGUUCAAGAGCAUCGAGUGCCAGGACAUCGGCCUCUUCAUCGACAACCUCGUGCCUUGGCUCAACAGCAGUAAUCCUAAGGUCGUCCAAAAUGGCCUGGAUGCGCUCACGUACUUGGCAGAUCGGAUGGGUCACGACUUCAGGCCUUACAUUUCAACAAUCAUCCAACCAACGAUAGACAGGCUAGGUGAUAAAAAAGAUUCAACGAGGGAUAAAGCACAGCUGAUGCUUUUGAAGAUUAUGGAAAAAGGCAGUAUGUCGCCUCAAAAUUUACUGGAUAAACUCCAGCCGGCGUUUUCUCACAAAAAUGCCAAAUUGAGAGAAGAGGCGCUAAUACUUCUCACAACUACGAUAAACGAGCAUGGUGCUGACGAAAUGGCGCUUUCUGGCGUGACUCCCAGCAUAGUCAAGUUGUUGUCGGAUCCCACGGAAAAAGUGCGAGAAACUGCAAUAAACACGUUGACAGAUAUAUACAGGCAUGUAGGUGAUAGGUUACGAGUAGACUUGCAGAAAAAUCACAAUGUACCCCAGGCCAAAUUACAGCUACUAAUCAAAGAAUUCGACAAGCUGAGAGCCGCAGGUGACAUGUUACCACAGGCGAGAUCUGCUGACGUGGGAAAGGAGUUUGACGAACCGGACAGAGCGAUACGAUCGGCACCGGUCAAGCGAACGCCCAGCCUACUGCAAAAGAAGAGCCAAUUUGGCCCUGCCAAGACACCGCUCGUGCCCCAAGGUACUCCUGGAGCAGCACUAAUAGCGAGGGCGCCCUCCGUGAAACGAAACCCGUCAUUUAAGUCCACUACAGCAUCAGCCGGCGCAGUGGACGAGGAGACCUUCCUGACGGCUUUCGAGGACGUGCCCCCCGUGAAGCUGUUCUCCAGCAAGGACCUCGAGGAACAGAUGCGGCAGAUCAAGGAGAUGAUCGGCGACGACAAGAAAGAUUGGAAGCAAAGGACGGACAGCAUGAAAAAGUUGCGUGGCAUCGUCAUCGCCGGAGGCACGAACUACGAGGUCUUCCCCGCCUGUCUAAAGGAACUACAGAGGCCCUUCGAGACCUCCUGCACGGAUCUGCGCUCCCAGGUGGUUCGCGAGGCCUGCAUCACCCUCGCCUACCUAAGCCAACAUCUCAAAAACAAGUUUGCCAGCUUCGGCGAGACCGUCAUGCCCGUGCUGAUGAACCUCAUACAGAACAGCGCCAAGGUUGUGGCGACGGCGGGCGCGGUCGCGGUGCGCUUCAUCCUGCAGAACACGCACAGCAGUCGCUACGUGCCCAUCAUACUGGCCUCGUUGAACAACAAGAGCAAGGACAUAAGGCGCGCGACAUGCGAGUACCUGCACCUCGUGCUACAGUCCUGGCAGACUCAGUUGCUUCAGAAACACGUGAACGCCAUACAGGAUGGGAUCAAGCGAGGCAUGUCGGACUCGGACCCCGAGGCCAGGGUCUUUGCCAGGAAGUCCUAUUGGGCGUUCAAGGAGCACUUUCCUGAUAACGCCGAGGCUUUACUCAACAGCCUCGACGCGACGUACAAGCGGGCUCUGAUGUCUCUGAGUAACAGUGGCAGCGUAAACAGUUUGAACGCGAUGCCGAAAGCUACAAACAUGAGUCCAAGAGUGCCGAGGUCUGCCCUAAGCGCCGCAGGUAGCACGGAAAACUUGCACCAUAGUCUGGGCCCGGCUCAUGGGCCGCUCAGACGCACUCCGUCCUUGCCACGCUCUUAUCGACAAUCUGGGAUACCGAUUCUUCAAAGACCUCUCGACAAUCACUGUGGCGUUUCCCCUGGUCCGAGGUCCACAAGUGCCAUAGAUGUCCAAGCAGCUCAGCGAGCCAACGCGAGAAUGAAAUACGCUUACAUGAACCGACAAAAAGCUACGCUUCCUCGAUCUAAUAAAUCGCCAGAGUCCAGUUCUAUAGCCAGUCCAGAACGAAUCGCUCGGACUCGAACUCGAGGUUCCGGAGUUUCGCAAUCUCAACCCAGCAGUAGAUCUGGUUCACCGUCCUCAAGGUUGAGCUAUGCGACGUUCAGCAGAGAUGGUGAUACUGCGGUUGGAUUUGGAUUUGAAAGGCGCAGUUUUGGCACCCCAAUAAGGAAUAGGAACUUGCACAUGUUGCCAACGGACAGGCCACCCUCUCGACCUGUGAUGGCACAAAAAAUGCUUCUGCAGUCGCGAGAGGCUGAAUCCGCGUUAGCCGAUGCUCUGAACUGCGACGGCGUUGAUAACUACACAAGAACGCCGAAAGGCAAGGGCGAGCACAGUGACGAGAGUGAGACCAGUAGCAUUUGCUCGGAACGGAGUCAUGACAGUUUUCGUAGACCCAGCAGCGAUUCGUUCUCAUGGAGUGGGUCCCAGCAAAGACUGUACCGAGAUAUGUGGGAACAGUCGACCCCAAAGGACAUCAAAGAAAUUAUCGAGAUGUGCAGUCACAAGCAUUGGGCCGAUCGCAAGGAGGGACUAUUGGGACUGCAAAGCUUUCUUGCCAAUGGCUUCACGCUGAAUGCAACGGAUUUACGCAAAAUCACGGAAAUAUUUUCAAAAAUGUUCAUGGACUCGCAUACAAAGGUUUUCAGUCUGUUUCUCGACACCCUGAACGAACUCGUGCAAACGCAUUACGAAGAUCUCGGUGAUUGGCUGUACGUACUGUGCACGCGACUACUCAACAAACUGGGAACGGAUGUGCUUGGCUCUAUACAGACCAAAAUUCACAAAACGUUGGACGUAGUGAGGGACUGCUUCACCGGCGAGCAACUCUUACCUUGUGUCAUGCGAUUCCUAACGAACCCAACGCAAACUCCAAAUUCCCGUGUGAAAGUCGCUACGCUGUCGUUUAUAGUGCAAAUCACCGAAACAGCCACGUCAUCUGCGCUGAAUAAUUCAGCGGUUUCGGGCCUGGCUAGACUACUGGACUGGACGAACGACGUGAAGAGCCAAGAUGUCAGAAGACACGCCAACAGUGCUGUGAUUGCCCUUUAUAAUUUAAACCCGUCGAAAUUCACACUUAUACUUGCAGAACUGCCAAUUGCUUUCCAGGAGACCGCGCAGCCGCUUAUCCACAGUCAUUUAAGAAGAUCGACGACUACGAGUAUGCCAGCAUCUCCUGGAACUCCUCCGCCCAGAGUACCAAAUUCCCCAGCUCGUAAGCUAAGAACGGAUCACGAAGCUACAGACGAUAGUUUAAAUCCAGAAGAAGUUUAUAAUUCCAUAAUUAGGUCCUUGCGUCGCACAACUGCUGAAAUCCAGAACUAUGGGUUUGAACGUUUGGAACGAGCGACAACGAGCAAGGACAGCGGAAUCAGCAAUAUGGCUGAUGUCGAAGAAAGACUGGAAGGCCUUACGUUGUCCAAUUCUGGGCGAUCUUCCUCUGUAUCGUCGCCAACGCAGCGUGGCAAGACCGUCGUCAAUGUGGCGGUCAACGGUUCGAACGACACAAUCGCUGGUGAUCUCAUACUCCCUCAAGAGAACAAUGGUUACAAGACUCAUGGAUCGUCUCCUGAUUCGAUAAGGGGACCCGAGGUGCUUGACAACACAUUGAAGAUCCUGCAGUUGGAAGAGUCACAGAUCACGGAGAAAGUUGCGGCUCUGCAGGAAUUCCAGUUGUACGUUCGCGAGGGCGAUGCGUUGUACAUAAAACAACACUUCAAAAAGCUACUGAAAACGUUGAUUGGCUGUUUGGCAAGUGAUCACAGAGAAAUGCAAAUCGAAGUGCUACAGUCAUUGAUAGAUAUGCUCAAGUGCCCUGAACUAACGGAAAGUUUUUCCAACUACGAAGAGUUGAUAGUCUUGAAGGUGAUAAGAGCCCACAAAUUUGACGAUCAAAAGUCGGACUCGAGCAGCAGUAGCAGCAGUGGCAGCAACAACAGUAGAACUACGGUGCUCAGAAUGGCAGAGAAGUGCGCGGCAACGGUCGCCGUUACUUUGCCACCCGAACAGACCAUCCAAUUCGCCUCGUCUAUGAUGACCACAGAGUCGUUUCCGCAAAAUAUGGGUGCAAUUAAAAUGCUUCACAAAGUUGUCGAGCAUUACGGCCGAGAGGCAAUAGAACCUCAGCUUUCGAAAGUCAUGCCUGGUCUGAUAAAGGCCUACGACGACACCGAGUCGACGGUGCGCAAGAGCGCGGUCUUUUGCAUUGUAGCUAUACACGCAGCGGUCGGCGAGGAGGUGCUCCAGCCGCACCUAGGCUCGCUUUACGGCAGUAAACUCAAACUCCUUAAUAUCUACAUCCAGCGAGCGCAGCAGCAACAGCAGCAAGCUACCAAUAGUCAACCGUCAAGUCCACGUAACAAUUGCAACAAGAACUAACUGGCAGCGGCCACGACGAGUACUACAACAGCAACAACACCAACAAGCAGCAAUGGUGGUGCGAGCACUGCCACCCUGAGGAUCGCGAUAAUGAAGAGGUUUGCGCGUCUCACGGCGAGGCACGAGCGACUGCUCUUCCAGUUUCUCAGCGGCGGCAGUAGCAGCAAGUCCGAGUCCUGAUCGAAACCGACGCGCGGCAUUCAGUAACGCUUCAGCCAAGUACAAAAAGAAGAAGAAGAAGAAGAAAUAAUAAGGUAGAAGAAAAUUAGUAACUUUCGGGCGCUUGUUGCGUGCGGAGGAAGAUGUGGUGGCGAUGACAAAGACGCGACGAAGGACACGGCGUGGCCGGAACGUGUGAUGAUUAUAAGCCUAUAUAUACUUUUGGAUCGAUGACGAUUACUUAUCUUCUUGCGCGGCUGGAUUGAUUUGCUUGAUAAUUUCCGUUCAUUUCUGCCAACGAUUGUGUGUAUGUGUACAUAUGUAUUUUUCUUUGAUGGACGUUUUAUUGCAAGUACGUGCGCGUGCUUCGACUCUCUUUAACGCUGAUUGGUCGAUCGGUGCUUUUGGUGUACAGCACCGCGCGAUGAAAGAAUCCUGUUGCAUUUUAAGCUAAUCCAUGUCCUCUCGAUGAUUAUACAAGAUAUCCAACAAAAUUAUGCUAAAUAAACUUUUAUUAUCCAACUACAAGAAAAAUUCUACUUAAUAUUUUUCUCGAGAAGAGUAAACAAAUAAUUAUAAAGCCAAAUUUUAUUCAAGUGUAAAAUUCAAUUCAACGGAUCCUUGAAAUUUCAGCACAUGCUAUGAUUACACACGGCGAUGCAUUAGCUAGCAGAAGUUAUCGAUCGAUAAACAGUUGCAUAAACAAAUAAUUCUUUUCUACAGAACACGUAAGAUUCGCGUACUCACGCGGUCACAAGUUGAUAAUUAAGUAUAUUUAAUGAUGACUUCCAGCUGGAAAAAAUUCUAGCUUUUAGACAUCGUAUCGACCACCCUGACCAUUUUUUUGUUUUUUUUUUCUUCUCAUUUUGCAAAUUACAAGUCGAAAGAUAGAUAAAGAGAUAUGUUAUACUUAAUAGAUUGUUAUACAAAGAGUUGGACUGCAAAUAUUUUGAAUAGAAUAAACAGGCAAAGAGAAGCAUAAUAUUUAGAUUUGUAUGAGCUAGUCAAGAUUUCAGAGAGACGCACAAGGCGCAAAAGACACAAAGAAUUAAUAAAUCAGUAAUUUUUUCCUUUAAAAAGUCGGGCUAAGGGCGAAAGGAAAAGUUUUACGUAUAUUAUAUUCUAUACAUAAUACGUGGCAAAUAUAUUUGUGCGAAAGAAAAAUGGCAGAGCGUGUGUGAAAUAAUUGCAUGAAAGUAGGCACGAUUUCGUUUUAGUGACUCGUCAAAUCAAACACGAAUCGACACUAUCAAAUUCAUACAUAUACAUAUAUAUUCUUCAUUAAACGAGUCAUUUAACUGAACCCUUUGUGCCAUUAUUCAUUUUUUUUUUUUUUUUUUUUUUAUCUU